AUGGCCAUCGUUCGUCGUUCACAGCGGUUGAAGCAGAAGAAAAAUUACGAUGAAGACGAAGAUGGGGAAGCUGGUAGUGGUACGGAACCAAGUUCUUUGCAAACAGAAGAUCAAACCUCAAUUGUAGACGAUGUUGGCGCUGCAUCAAGCAGUAGCUCUGAAAGUGACGAUAAUGCGAGUGAUGAGGAUUACGAAGUAGCAGCUAAAGCUGUCAAAGCCAAGAAAAGAUCAAGUUCCGGUAGAACGUCUGAUAUUGGAAGAGUGAAGAAGAAGGCUCGAGUUAGUAAGGGAUCGUCAACAGGUAAUAUUUUGGGAGCUGGUGCAGGUACUAAGAAGGAGCACGAUCGAUACCUUACAAGUUUGCAAGAUUUUAAGCCAACGAGGCUCUUUGAGAUUCUAAGUGUUUCGGAGGAUGCUUCUAUUGAAGAAAUUGCAAGCGAAUGGCUAGACCAAUACAAGGAUGAUCGUACUGUUGCGCUUAAAGAGUUUGUGAACUUUUUAUUGAAUUGCUGUGGGUCUUUAGUUCAAGUUGGUGAGCAUGAUGUGGUGAACAACGAUUCAUCGAAUGAGACUGUUGGGGAAGUUCAAGUAAUGUUUCAAGAGCAAACCGUCCAUGAGUUCUACCUAUACCUUUCGAAAACGCAGAAGAAACGCGGUAAAAAUAAGCCAUUGUAUGACAAUUUUGUUGAGUUCAUGAGCAAGCUGAUUGAAUUGGCAAACGACAAGGAUAUGAUAUACAUUGAGAAAGACUCAGAAGAGGAUGGAGAGGAGGCGAACACCGUUAUAGAGACUAGCCCACUGAUGUUAGAUUUAUUAACAUGGCUAUCUUCAUUUUCUGUCUGCAAGAUAAGGAGCUUGCGAUACGUUGCUACUCUUGCAAUGUAUGUUUUCCAGGAUCAGCUAACGGAGCUUGUAGUGGACCUUGAUACACAGGUAUUACUGAAAUUGAGAAAACAAUUGAAGAUGGAGCAGAAAAAAAAGAGACCCAAUAAAAAGACCGUUGACAAGCUUGAGGCUACAAUUGCUGAUGUACAAAGUACUAAAACUGUUAUUGAGAGUAACAUUGAUAAUAUUGUUAACUUAUGUUUUGUACAUCGGUUCAAAGAUGUUGACGAAAGUCUUAGAUCAGAAUCUAUGCUACAUUUGGCUAAGUGGCUGAAAAAUCAUCCUGAGUAUUUUUUUAAAGCGACAUAUCUGAAGUAUUUCGGCUGGCUACUCUCUGAUACCAGUCCUACCGUUAGAUCACAAGUUUUAAAAACAUUAUCGGACAUAGUUUCUUAUUCCAAGAAGAGGCAUGAGAAUAUGUUUGACAAUUCUUCUCUAAGGCAAUUUUUUGAGAGGUUCAAGCAGAGAAUUUUGGAAAUAGCACUGAAAGACGUCGAUUUACAGGUACGGCUGGAUGCAGUACAAGUGUUAGUUGAAAUAAAUGGUUUCAGGUACCUAGAGCAUUCCGAAAUUUUAAGUAUCACAAGCUUAAUAUUCUAUGACCAUAAAGUAAAGGUAUCUUCAAAUGCUAAAAACGCGAAGUUCUUGUCUGCUAUAUCUAAAUUUUUCUCAUUUGUUGAGAAGGAAGAAGUCAUAGAGUUUUUAGAUACUCACGAUACGGAGAAGACCAUAGGAAACAUGCCUUUGUCAAAAGCUGCAGAGGUUGGAAUCUUUAUGAGAUUUUUAAUCAAAUCAUUAUCAGUUCAUCUAAGAGACGAAGAUCCCUCAGAGGUAACCACAUCUAAAAAAAUACAUCUUUUAUUUCAAGCAGCAGAGUUCUUGCAGCCGUAUUUCACAAAUAUGAUCGAACACUUAUGUCAAAUAUUAGUAUUCGAUGGCAGCUUAUCUGAAUUUAGCGACCUCGCGAAGGUUACCAGCGAUGACGAAAUGAGUGAUGACGAAUAUGAAGAAUCGGGAAGACAGAAUCAGUUACUACUACCCGAGGAUGAAAACACUAUCAUACAGUAUGUAACAGUGUUGAGCGGAUUGUGCCAUGGAGCCAUGAAGGCAAAGAACACGCCAAAUAAGCAAGAGCUGGUAGAAACUAUAUUAUCUGAACUUUUAGAAUUGUUUAUGAAAUUGAACCUAGACUCCUCCGUGAUUUUCAGCCAGCUUCUCAGCAUAUUCCAGUUAUUCCAAUUUGAGGAUUGGAUUUCCGUGGGCCAGGAGUCUUCCUUUCAGCGCAUUUUCGAAAUCAUAGUCAAAAAUUUUGGCGAUACGGCAAUUGACAACGAAUAUGACGAAUUGAAGGUCGAGGCCUUUACUAAACUUCUACCAUUCACUGAAAAGUUAUCGAUAAAUAAGAUCGACAACUUAUGGAAGCAACAAUUAGAGAAGAUCAAAAUAUCCCUGACGAAAUUUUUAAAGCAAAUGAGUCUCACAGACGGCAACUCAGCUAACGAACAAAUCCAAACCUUGCAUCGAUUAUAUUUGAAUAAAUUGGUUGUUCUUGGUAAAAAUUAUAGAAUAGAACUUCAUAUGGAACUUUUAGAGUUGCUUUUCUCCAAAUACGUCAGUCAGUUACCACUCCUGCUGCAUGAACUGAGUUCUGAGGUUUUAAAUAUAGUUGAUUUUAGAAUUUUCACUCAACUUGUUACUUGGAAUCUACAGACAUGGUAUCAGAUUUUUGAAGAGAGUGAGACGCCAAGUCCCGUUUCUCGGCAAAUGCUCGAUAUUAAUAAAUUCGUCAUGGAUCAGCUGUCAGUGACAGUGAGUACUUUACAUCGUUGUUCUAGUGAGAACUUUAUUUCCAAAUGCAGACUGCAACAUUCAGUAUUAAGUUCGCUACUUGAUAUUACCAUCGCGUCAAUGAUGUUUGCGUAUAACUUGUCGGAAAAGGAAUCUGAAUGGAACGCUGUCAUCAGAAAAGAAUACCCAGUGUAUCUCGACUCUCCUGAAGCAAUUCUAGAAGUCUACCUAUACCUAGAAGCAUUAUACGCUAGUAAAAUCGGUGCCACGCUUGAGAGAGGCAACGAAGAAGAUGUCAAUUUUAAUGAUGUAGUCUACGAACCAAACCACGCCCAAAAAGAUCCGGAAAAACAGUUUUGCGUGUACCUUCUAAAACUGAAGAGCUUAGUUAGGCUCGGAUUGUUGAAAGAUGAAGCCAUCGAGAAGAGGAUUAGAUUAAACCAAGAUGUAUUAGGUGGACUAUAUCAAAGCAUUAUAGAUGAAAGUAUAUUUAAGGAAGCAAAACCAGAAGGAUCUAAAGUACAAGCAAGACAUAGGCAAACUGCCACUCCUGAAUCAAGUUCUGUACCCCAGUCUAGAGAGACUAUACGAACUCAGGGUGAACUUGAACCCAUUGAAGAGUUUUCGCAGGAAGAAGCUGCAAAAGGACUUACGGGCAGCCAAUACGACCCUAUAGAAGAAGGUAGCGAUGAAUCCCAAUAA